CCUACCCUUUGUGACAAACACUAGCACUAACACCACCACCACCACCAAACUGCCAUUAUCGAAAAAGCAGCCUUAAAAGCUGGCCUUGCAAUCCUUCUCUUCACAAAAAUUUGUUUCUCAUAAACAUCUAAACACCAUAGCUACAAGGAUUCUUAGCAUCAAAACUAGCGAUAAUUAAGAUGUGGCACAAGCUGGCCAGGUUGAGGAGGAACGUGCAAAAUAUUAGGAAAAGCCCACGAGUAGCCGAUGAGAGCAUGUUUGGAGGCAUGAAUGGAGCCGAGUUUCCAAUCCUUGUGCGUGAUAUGAACAGAGAACAAAGGUGGAAUAGUCUUUCUGCUCUAUUCAGAAUUGUUCUUGCACCAUUUUCUAUUCUUUCUUGCUCCUCACAACCUCAUGUCAAUGGUGCUGAUGGUCUUUGGGUGACUGGUGAGUUUGCUCAACUAUCAGAGAUGAAUCAUCUCAUGGUAAAUGACAGCAUGCGCUAUGCAAUCUUGAUGUAGACAUGUAAGUUGGCAUUAUUUAAUUAGUUGGCUUAGAGGGAUUGUAUAUAUGGAAUGCAAAUUUUGUCCACAUGCAGUUCUUGGCUUGGAUUUUUAACAAAGUUUUUUUUUUAUAGAGAAUGUGAUCCAUGUAAUUAUAUUUUUAUUUUGUCAUUUAAUAUGCUAAUAGAUAUUGCUUGUUGGAGGAGAA